UCCAGAUCUGUUCCUGACCUUCCAUAAAAAUGUCCAAGCAACAGCCUGCUCAGUUUACCAAUCCAGAAACCCCUGGCUAUGUUGGAUUUGCAAACCUUCCCAAUCAGGUUCACCGGAAGUCUGUGAAAAAGGGGUUUGAAUUUACUCUUAUGGUGGUUGGUGAAUCUGGAUUGGGGAAAUCUACAUUAAUAAACAGCCUCUUCUUGACAGAUCUCUACCCAGAAAGGAUAAUCCCAGGAGCUGCUGAAAAGAUUGAACGCACUGUGCAGAUUGAAGCCUCAACAGUUGAAAUUGAAGAGAGGGGUGUAAAACUACGUCUGACGGUUGUAGAUACACCAGGAUAUGGGGAUGCUAUCAAUUGCCGAGACUGUUUUAAGACCAUAAUUUCUUACAUUGAUGAGCAGUUUGAGCGAUAUCUGCAUGAUGAGAGUGGUUUGAACAGAAGGCAUAUCAUAGAUAACCGGGUUCAUUGCUGCUUCUAUUUCAUUUCACCGUUUGGUCAUGGCCUUAAGCCUCUGGAUGUUGAGUUUAUGAAGGCCAUACACAACAAAGUAAAUAUUGUACCUGUGAUUGCAAAAGCUGAUACGCUUUCUCUGAAAGAGCGAGAACGACUAAAGAAAAGGAUUCUGGAUGAAAUAGAAGAGCAUGGCAUCAAGAUUUAUCACCUGCCUGAUGCUGAAUCAGAUGAGGACGAAGAUUUUAAAGAGCAGACCAGACUCCUGAAGGCCAGCAUUCCGUUUUGUGUAGUGGGAUCCAAUCAACUCAUUGAAGCCAAAGGUAAAAAAGUUAGAGGUCGACUCUACCCAUGGGGUGUGGUUGAAGUGGAGAAUCCAGAACACAAUGACUUCCUGAAGCUGAGGACCAUGUUAAUCACCCACAUGCAAGAUCUUCAGGAGGUGACCCAGGAUCUUCACUAUGAGAACUUCCGCUCUGAGAGGCUCAAACAAGGCGGCAGGAAGAUAGAAGAUGAAGAAGUGAAUAAAGACCAGAUUCUGCUUGAAAAAGAAGCUGAACUUCGUCGCAUGCAGGAGAUGAUUGCGAGAAUGCAGGCACAGAUGCAGAUGCAGAUGCAAAGUGGAGAAGGAGACAGCAGUGCAGUUCAUGGGCACCAUGUAUAAAGUCUUUGAUUACUUUAUACCCUGACUUAAAGGAGACCUUCUGGAGUUCAAUU